AUGUCCAAAUCCCUCAAAACAACAGUACCUGAUGUCGAAAUAAACGAUACAGUCAACGACGCCCAACAACAAAUUAAACACACGUCUACAUCAUCAACAACUCCAAAUCCUCUCUCGGGUACCAAGCUGCCGAAAAACGCAUACCAAAACAAAACAAUAAACCUGACAACCGAUCAAACAUUUCAUUCAAACUACCAAAUAAUUUUUGGUUCUCUUGCAAAGAGAUUUUCUCGCCCUCCAUAUCAAGACCUCCUACUCACUUUAAUUUUUACAACGUCAAAGUUCAUCUUGACAAAGUCAAUAUUUCCCUAUAUAUACAGCAAGGAGCACUGA